AAUAUUAUAUUUGAUUAUAUACUAAAUAAUAUUUAAUUUUGUUAAAAUUGUAUUUGUUUUACUCUCAUCGUAAAAAAUAUGAUAGAGAACAAUGUUAAAGUUAAUAGAUAUAUUUAUACUUCUAGACUUCCUGGGACCCUGUAAGCGGCUGCUGACAGUACCUCGGUUAGUGGUUAAAUCCGCCCCUGCUUGUGAUUGGUUUUGUAGUCCAGGUCACAAAUAUUCUGAGUUUGCAUGUUGCACGAUUACUAGGCCUUCCACACAGUAUUGCAUGUAUAACAACUCAAACAAGCCAGUUAUUUAUUUGAUCGUCUGAAAAUGAAAGGACCCAUGCAUAUCCUGUUGGUGAAUUAUGAUCAACUGUAAAUUUAUUGUCAACGCAAGAUCCAGUUGGUUAGGUAAUUUUCCCAGUCUUGGUAUUUCACAAAGAGUGCAUUAUCAAAAUCUGAAACAUGAUCUUUGGCUGGCUGCAUUUCCUAGAGCAUGAAUUAUUGAAUAAGUUUUGCUAUAACUAGGCAACUGUACCACUUAUUAACUGUAGGGGGAGCUGAACCUGUAUGUUUGGCUAAAACAUGAUUGCUUUCAUCAUUUACAUUUUAUGAGCUCUUGACCAAAAUUCAAUUUAGCAGAUGACUAUAAACAAUCUUAUUUCCAAUAUUGUCCAAAAAAUAAAUAACAAAAAAAUCUACAAUAAUAUGACAAGAUUAUAUAAAAGUUAAAUCUACAAUCAUAUUAAUACUUUCAAAUCUGUUUUAUUGUUGUAUAUUAGGAGAUAUUUAUAUUUAUCAAUGAUAUUUAUCAUGCUUUAAGACGAUGCACUUAAGAAGUGACAAAUUUAAAGUCUGAUCUAUUUUGCAUUAUAAAAUGUAUCUAUUAUCUUUAUCUUUCUGUAGGAUAAUGAUAUCUUUAUUAUAUUUAUCCUGUCUCCUUUCAGUGUUACUAGUUGGAUUCAUAUUAAUACACUUUCUAUUCAUAAUGUGGGUUGCACAAGUAUUUAUGAUGACUCUUUAGCCAUGUUUUUGCAAAUGUGUGUUUUUUUUUUUGCUUGGAGAUUUGUUGGGGUCUGUGAAAUCCAUUUAGACCUGUUUUAGUUUUUCUGUUGCAAAAAAAAAAAAGGGGAAAUCAUUUGCAGGAUGUUCAGGGGUAGGAGGGUGUACGCUUGCACAAACUGUUUUAGGAUUGAAUUUUCAUCUCAGAUUAAGUUUUUCAGACUCUGUUCAAAGGAGGUAAAGUGACCAUGACCAGACAGGUUGGAGGAAGUGUUUUUUUGCUGAUCACAGUCUUCUUGUUGAUGCCUAUGAGCUGGACAAGGAGAGGAGUACCGGCUGACACAUUUAAAGCCUUGAACAACAGACUGAGGACGCUGAAUCAGCAGUUCAAGAGAUUUCAACAGAUGACCUCGACUCAUCUUCAGAGAAUUGGCAAAAACCACAACGUUACAAACAACGUAGAUUUUAAAUUUUUGAGUCAGCAGUUUGAGAGGAUCUCCAGGGAGCUCCGUUCAUUUAGAGAAAUGACAGAACACAGUCUGAAUUCCCUCAAAUCUUGGACGAAGAGUCUACAGAAAAAGACCAACAGGCUUCACUCCAGUCUGUCCAACAUGACGAGAGCACUGUGGCAGAACAACCAUCACAACCUCAGAGAAAUACACAAGCAGAGAGCAGCGUUGACUGAUCUGUCCCAUAAGAUCCAGAAACAGCAAAGCCAAAUCGACUCAUUGGAGUCCUUAAAAGAUCAGGUUCAGGAUGGGAUGCAGGAUCUUCAGACGUCUCUCAAAAAACACCAGACACGGAUAAUGAAGUUGGAAAGUCAGAUUCAAGAACUGUUAAAGAUCAUUUCAACUUCCAAGGCUGAAGAUCCUUUUAAUUCUAUUAGGAAGCAACAUGGAGUGCUCAUGAGGCAUGUUCAGACUCAACCAAAGUCCAGAGAGCACAGAAUAAGAGAGAGGUUGUUGUUGAGGUCAACGAAACAACCACAGACCACAAUAAGGGAAAGACAAUGGCAGAGCACCACACAACCAACAGUUCAGGCUCACGAGGAACUUUUUCAACUUCCACUUCGACACAAAAUCCCACAUGUUCAAAGUCCAAAGGAAGAAGCCAAAAUUUGCAAUGUGGGUUCAAUGCUUCUGUUUCCAUCUACCUCCACUGAAAAUUAUGCCAUCUUCCAGAAGACAUUCCAAACUGGAAUACAUGAGCUCUCUAUUUGCACUUGGCUCAAAGUAGACGCCAAGUAUGUUGGAACAAUUUUUUCUUACGCCACGGAAAACAACGACAAUAUGCUUGUUCUCUAUGGUCAUAAUUCUGGAAAACUGGGCCUUAUGGAUUUUGUGAUUGGAGAUCCAACUUAUCGUGAAUUACCUUCACAAAAUAUCCUGGAUGGCGAGUGGCACCAUUUAUGCAUCAUCUGGUCUUCUAUCGAAGGCAGGUUUUGGUAUUAUUUGGACCGUCAUCUUAUAUCUAAUGGAUCCAAGUUCCAAAAGGGCUAUGAGAUCCCUCCUGGAGGCUUUGUGGUUCUGGGGCAGGAGCAGGAUUCACUUGGUGGGGAUUUCGAUGUAGCAGAAGCAUUUGUGGGCAGAUUGGCUGGUUUUGCAUUGUGGACUAGGACUCUGAGCCCUGUUGAGGUGUCUGGACUGGCUGAUGGAAAAGGAGUCCCACAAGGAGCAGUGCUCAGCCUGGAUGAUGUAGAUCAGAUGUCUGGUUCUGUUCAGCACAUCACCUGUGAGUGUCUGGAACACUGCGUGUAAAUGCACAACAUAAUCUGUCAGAAAGCACCUUUGAAUUACGCAUUGUUUUUGUAGUUACAUUUAUUUUGAUAAAACAAUGUUUAUAUAGUCAUUAAUCAAUCAUCAUUUACAUAUUUGGUCUUAACUUUUAACUUGUUUAACUUUUAACUGAUUUCAGUUAUAACGUUUGAUUUAAAUAAACAGAACAGUUAAUGUAAA